GGCAGUGCACCUGACAUAAAGGCUGUUAUAGAGAACUUGGAACACGAGACUAUGGGAAGUUCUUGGAGGACUGCGUUAGACAAGGAAUUCAUGAAGCCGUAUUUCCAGAAGCUCAAAGAAUUUCUCAUUGCGGAGCAUCUUACGCACACCGUAUACCCAAAGCUGAACGAUGUCUACUCUUGGUCACGAUUGACGCCACUUGACUCUGUGAAAGCCGUUAUAUUAGGCCAGGAUCCGUAUCAUAAUGUUGGACAAGCGCACGGGCUCUCUUUCUCCGUCCUCCCUCCAACUAAGCUCCCUGGCUCCCUGAGGAAUAUUUAUAAGCAACUUUCGAGCGACAUCCCCACUUUCAAAGUCCCCACGUCUGGGGAUCUGACGCCUCUAGCAAAGGCUGGAGUUCUCUGGUUGAACACCUGCUUGACUGUACGGGCGCAUAAUGCCAACUCGCAUUCAAAAAAAGGCUGGGAGACCUUCACCGAUGCUGUUAUCCGAGCUGUCCUCGACCGCCCGGACGGAAGAGGGGUUGUCUUCUUUGCCUGGGGCUUGCCUGCCCAAAAACUAUACGACAGACUUGGGAUUGACGAGAAAAAACAUCUGGUGUUAAGAUCUCCACAUCCUUCUCCUCUUUCAGCUCAUCGGGGCUUCCUUGGAAACGCUCACUUCAAGAAAGCUAAUGAAUGGCUGCGGAAGACACACGGAGAAGAGAUUGAUUGGGUGGCUCUCAAUUCCGUUCCACCUUCAGAGGCAGUUCGCCACAUCUGAACGACAUGAAUGGAGGGGCAAAGAAUGCUGGAUUAGAUAUGGGAAAGUUCACAGCAUUGAACGGCGAUUGCGCAAAAUUCUGAUUUAUCAUGGGGAACUGUGCUAUAGACGAGGCCUGUGUAGCAGGAACGGGCGAGCGUGUUGUGUUUGGUCGUACGCCUGGCUGGGGUGGUGGUUUCCAGUU